AUGAAAGGUCAAUCAAUAGCUUAUAACAUGCCUUCAAUAUUCGUAACAUCUCCGAAAUACUCGAAAAAACGUCCAACAAUCCAAAACAAACCACUAUUUUACGAUCCUAAAUCACGGUCAGGAAAUAUUUGGAAGGAAGUUCUUGAUAGAAAAGUGAGGGAAGCCAACAUUUCACUUUCCUUUUCCGAUAGCGAUGAUUCUGACUCGGACUUUUCUAUGGAUUAUUCACUUUCUUCAGAGUCAGAUUUUGAUUUUUCACCAAAACGCAAUCUAAAGAAUCCAAAUCCUCCAUUUUCUUCUUUAUUCUAUGCUCCAGGCUCUGAUUCUUCAACAUUUUCUACCGAAAUGAGUGAUGACACUUAUGAUGAAGUUUCUGAUGAUUCAGAUUCGUUUUCUGAACCUCCAAAGCCAAAAUUCAACACUACUCCAACAACUUUAUUCUUUUUCAAUCAACCUGACUUCACAACAGACUCUUUUUCCGGUGAAUCUAAUUUUUCUAUGUCAACAUCAAUAACUACUGAAACAGAAACAUCAGAACAGCAUGCAACAGAUGAUGACAAAUCUGGUUCUGAUCCACAAGUCACAGAAAUUAUUGUUCCUUCUUCGAUAAAAACAAGAUCAGUUCGUUUUACAAAAAAAGAGGAAAAUGACGAUUCAGAAUUGAUACAAAUACCGAAUAUUGAGGAUGACUCUCAUUUUGAGACGCCAAAAGAAAUAGAAAUUCCCAAAACUCAGAGUACUAUUAACAUGAGCUCUGAAACAGAGUCUGAUGACUCAAUGAUAGAGAAGAUAUGCUCAAGAAUUAAGAGCCCUGAAUGGUCGGCCAAAUUAGAAAAAGCUAUCCGCAAAAAAUAA